AGAUUGGAAUGUAUAUCAUGUAAAACUCAUCAUAAAAUUAAUUAUCUACCUUGUGCUUUAUCAGCUGAUAAUCUUAUGAAGAUGGCUUUGAUUUUGUUGAGAACACGCGCUAACGUACCUGUAGUAACUUGUGUUAAAGCUGGAUGUAGAAAG